AUGCUCGCUGUUGUGUGUCGUUUUUGCCGUGAAGGCGAGCAGGUGGAUUCGGCGCGUGAGAUGGCCCUGCGGGAGGCGGAGGCGCACGUCGCACAGCAGCGCGAUUCCCUUCUUCUGUGGGAGGAUGCGCUGCGCACUAAGGAAAGCGAGAUGGUGCAGUGCGAGCUCGAGAUGAAGCUGCGGUGGUCCGAGGCCGUCGUGCUGAAGGAGCGGCAGCUGGGGCGCCUUCGGACGGGUGUGGAGAGGCGACGCGCAGAGCAGAUGGAGCGUGACCGCCAGACGGGGGACCUAUCGCUGGGCGAGCGCGGGAGGCGAAUGCAGCAGCUGCAGCGCAUCGAGGCCAACUUGCGGAAGCGGGAGGAGGAACUCUCGGCGCGACCUGCAGCGUAG